CUCACUCAGAGCACUUCGUUCGGCAGAGCGGCAUAACAGAGUAGAGUGUGUGUUUGCCGUGGCGUGUGUGUGUGUCCAGAGCAGCGAUCGCAGUGAAAACGGAGAGAGAGAUAGACAGAUAGAGAGAGAGAGAGAGAGAGAAAGAGAGAGAGAGACAUCCAGAGGCAGGACUGAGCAGACUGAGAGAAAGCAACACUCAUCACCACCACAGUUGGAUAGAUGGAGAGAUGCUGACAGUUUAACAGAGGCUCCUCAUAUUUCCUCGACAUCCUGGCUGCAGAAGACCACAGCUGUUCUAACAGGCGGACAUCUAACUGAAGAGGCAUCCAGACAUCUCAUCUGCUUUGCCGACAUCCUAACAUAAGCCAGCACAAAAGUCCCUUCUCUCCGACGAGUUGGCUGUACAUGGAGACCCCCAGCUGGGCAGAAGGAGUCGCACUAUCUGCAGAGGAAACCAAGCCAGGAAGUGGUCUGUGCAAACCAGGAACCAUUGCUCUGUUUGGUAACGUGGUGUACAGCGGGCUGCUCAACGAGCACUUCUGGCAUUUUGGGGUUCCCCUCGUCACCAGACUGGGUAACCAAGAGGCCCCAGCUCCCCCUGAAGCCAUGGCCCAACCCUUCCCACCAGCCCAGUACCCCCCUCCACCACAGAAUGGGAUCCCAGCUGAGUACGCCACACCCCACACCCACCCACCUGCAGACUACACAGGGCCAGGCACAGUGGCCGAGCAUGCCCUGACACUGUACACUCCGACACACACACAGAGCGAACAGCCCGGAAACGACAGCAACACCUCCGCCCUCACAGCAAACACAGUAACGCAGUCAGAGGAGGUUGCACAGACAGAGGGCCCCCAGCAGCUCCACCUGCCAUCCAGUGAUUCAUCAGAGAAGCAGCAGCCUAAGAGGUUACACGUUUCUAACAUCCCUUUCCGUUUCCGAGACCCUGACCUCCGGCAAAUGUUUGGGCAAUUUGGCAAGAUUUUAGACGUGGAGAUUAUUUUUAACGAGCGAGGCUCCAAGGGCUUUGGGUUUGUAACAUUUGAAACGAGUGCAGAUGCUGACCGUGCACGAGAGAAACUAAAUGGUACAAUCGUAGAGGGACGCAAAAUAGAGGUAAACAAUGCCACAGCCAGAGUAAUGACCAACAAAAAGUUGGCAAACCCUUAUACAAACGGCUGGAAGCUGAAUCCAGUGGUUGGAGCAGUAUAUGGCCCUGAAUUUUAUGCAGUGACAGGGUUUCCAUACCCCAGCACAGGAGCAGCCGUGGCCUAUAGAGGGGCCCAUUUGAGGGGGAGGGGUCGCGCCGUCUACAACACAUUCCGUGCUGCACCUCCCCCUCCACCCAUUCCUGCCUAUGGAGCUGUGGUCUACCAGGAUGGCUUUUAUGGAGCAGAAAUAUAUGGAGGGUAUGCUGCGUACAGAUAUGCCCAGCCAGCUGGGACUGCUGCAGCUGCAUACAGUGACAGUUAUGGCAGAGUCUAUGCAACAGCAGACCCGUAUCACCAUACGAUUGGUCCUGCAGCCACAUACAGUGUGGGCACUAUGUAAACAAAAGAAAGACUAGAGGGAUGAGUACAGAUGGACAUCAACUAAAAAAGAGAAGAACAACACAGACACUGAAGGAUACUUAAAAAAGAUCAACUAAAACAAAAAGACGCGAUUUGUAAAGGAGCUCUUCUAUCAAGAAUGAAAGGAAUCUGACAGGAUGGACGGAGGAUGCUCUGAGGCUGGGGCCUGAACCAUUGAGCCUGUAGUGGUGGGGGCUCCGACCCCUGGAAAAACAAGCCUUGCUGAGUGGGAGAGACCAGUUAGAGAAGUCAACAUAAAACAUUUUAUUUUUGUAAACUUUUUUAAGUUUAUGAUUUCCAAAAAGAGCAAACACUAAUGUACGUAUAUACAUAUUCUAUAUUAUGUGUAUGUAAUACAUUAAGUAUGUUUAAAAAAAGAAGAAGAAGAAGAACUUGGGGGAAAAUGUCAUGUGUCUUUUGAGUUUAGAGGAGGUAGGUGAGGAGAAGCCAGCUUCCCCCCUCUCUUCUGAUUAUCUCCUACCACACCCCUCACCCUCUGCUUUAAGGGGGCAGGGGUGAGACUUGGUGUGUGUGUGUGUGUGUGUGUGUGUGUGUGUGUGUGUGUGUGUGUGUGUGUGUGUGUGUGUGUGUUUGUGCACUGAGGGGCAAAAGGGGGGAGCUGGUCCUGCAGACAUGUCACUAUGUGAUUGUUAUAGAAAUAUAUGGAGUAGUCUUCAGAAAAUAAAAUGCUUUUUGAGCCUGUCUUCCACUAAUGGACUGCAGUAGUGUAGCUGUUACUUUGGCUAGUUUUGUCAAGCAGCCUGCAUUUUGUAGAUUCCAAAAAAACAAAAGUGAUGAGGCUGUCCCUACCUUAUUUUGUGCAAAUGGAGAUAAGAGAAGGUCGAAAUGAUUAUUUGAAGAAUGCACGAGCUCAGCUGAAGUCCACAGUUACCCCUUCCACCAACAUGGAACCGGUUGUGUUCCAGUUCUGAAGUGGAGCAUUUCAACUAAAGUGGAAGUGAUUCAGAACCUGAAAAGUUGGAACCAAAAAGUAGCAGGUUUUCCUCACCUGAAGUGCGAACCGUGAUGACAUCAGUGGGUGUGUCAUAUUCUAAUAGUUGUAAAGAGAGGAUGGUGAAGGUAACAUUUGAGAAGUCAAAUGAGAAAUUGUCCGUGGAAAAAAAACAUGCAGUGGUGUCAUUAAUGGUUGGUUCAUGUUUGUUUUUUUGAUAAAAACAAAUUUCUGUACUAACAGAACAAAAGCUCACAGGUAAUUGGUGUGAUGCACCACUUUGCUACUGUUGUUUACUUCUGUUGUGCAUUGUGCAAAGCCCUCCGUUGAUGACGCAUCCUUGAUGACAAUAGCUCCACUCAGAACUGGUGGAAACGCAGGGUGAUUUGCAAGACAGCACUGAGGUCCCAAGAGCCUUGAAUAGAAUUGGGUUAAGAACCAGAGCUAUUUUGGUGGUAAAGGGGUAAGCAAAAACUGAAACGUCAGUAGUAGGUCAUGUCUGCUGGAGGCCUGGCUGCCCCUGACAUCACUACCAAACAUGUCAUUGUGGUGUUGUGGUUUGAGGUGGCUGUGCUGUGUAGUGAACUGCUUUUCUACAUCGUGUUGGGUUGGAAAGGGAAGGGUAAGGGCGGGUGGAACAGGAAGUCAGAGGGAGGGUACAGAUUAAAACAUGGAAGCUGUCAACUUUGGAGCAUCGUAGGAAAGUCUCCUUUCCAUCCUUGAACAAAGCCCUUGGCUUCCAGGGCCAAUGGUGGGGUGAGAGGGGGAGGGGGUAAAGCCCUAUAUGAAGUCAAAAAAGUGUCACAAACAAACAAUGUUUUAUUAAGAGUCUCUUUAAAUCUUUCUAUUUAUAUGGAUCUCUACUUUAGUGACAUCCUUCUAUAUUUAAACGUUGUACUAAUAACAUGCUGUCAGGCAUGGUCGAAGAGUCAGUUGUUGCCAUUUACUAAUGUUGUAUUUAUUGUAUUACCAGUAAGGAGAAAAACAUUUAUAUAUGAAUAUAGAUAUAUCUAUUUGUGAUCUGCAACUCUUGGACAUAAGUUUGCCUUUGAUUUUCAAUUUUCAUGCAGAAUUCAAUGCACUGUCGAUGUAUGAUGAGGUUUCUACUUGUGUGAUGUUGAAUUCUGUUAACAUUAAUUUUCUUUCCCUUCAGUUCAGCUACUGAAUGUAUCUUUAAAAACUCUUAAACUUUUUAGGUAGAUGUUGUUGUUUUAUAUGUACUUAAAACAUACAGUAUUCUGUAAAUUAUAUACACAUGUAAAUUAUAUAGCAAAAUGUUUCUCAUAAUAUGCUGGACUUCCUCUUCUGCUGACCCAGAUAGACUGUAAUGUCAUGACCCAAAAAAAGACAGAAGAAAAAGUGUGAGGAGGGGGGCUGAAGAAAGCAUGUAAAAGGAACAGCAGUACCCUGCACUCAGUGGGACACCAGUGGGAGAUACAGAAAUGUGUAAUCAUUGCAGGAUCGGUCAGAAUUUCUCUCAGCCAGGCCUUUCAAAAUUGAUAGGAACAGGGAGGCAGGAAGCAGCCUGCCCUGUGUGAGAGGGAAAGAUAAAAAAUACUUUUUUUUUAGAUAGAGAUCUUUCUCCCAGUUUUUUUUCUGCUUUUCUGUUCCCUCUCCCUCUGUCUUUCUCCCUUGAAUCUUAUAUGAAUGCUAUGUGGAGGUGAGGAGGAGAAGGAGGAAAAAAAGAGGGUGUGGGAGGGAGGGGGUACAUCUCUUCUAAGGUUCAUGGGGUGGACAAAAUAAUAGAAACUGAUGAAGUCACAUCCUAAAGGAACAACUGUUUAUAGUCCUUAUACAAACUACUGUCUUAAAGUGUAGCUUCAGUAUUUUUCAACCUGGACUCUAUUUCCGUGUGUUUGUGUGUCUAACUGAUGGGAACAACAACUUUUGAAACUGGUCCAGUAUUUGGAAGACCACUGCUGCUGGCAGCAGCGAAACAGGCUGCAUUGUAACCACUUUUUUUUUUUUGUCAAAGUUAUGUCCACCAAAAAAUGCUUGUUGCCACUGACAUUCUCAAAUUGUUAUUCUAAGUGUCUGACAACUUAUGGAAAGGAUUCAUACCAAGAAAUACCACUUUGAUAAAUAGUAAGAUGCUUUUGGUUUGACCAUAAAAAGCCCCCAAAAUUGCUGAAGCCAUCAGACUUCUUUAAAUAAUUUUACAAUCCAAAAACACACGUCAUUCAGAGAAAUUAAAGAAAAGAAAUAGAAAAAGAAAAAGAAAUAAAACUCACAAUCACAAUCACCAACUCUGGUUUGGUUGAAAUAAACCCUUAAUUCACCCAGUUAAGGUGGAUUUAUACUUAUGCUUUAGCUCUAUGCAGAGCGUAGCCUACGCAAGUGGCCUAUGCCAUAGUGAGCAUUAUUACUUGUUCAGUGGUGUGUCUGUGUCACUCUGCAGUUACACCUCCAAAACACAAGUUGACGGUGUGGUAUCUGUGAAGUGCUGUAAAGUUUGACGGAUUCAAAACACACCCAAAACACACAUUAAACAUGGCGUAAUAGAGACUACAAGAAAAUACAACAUACAAACGUUAUAAGCACAAGCUUUUGACAUUUUACAUUGCAUAAAUUAGCCUAGUGGCUAGCGGGGAUUUCCUCUACUCAUAUGAAGUCAGGAUAAAUCACACAUGGUACUUAAAAUGCUAUUUUGUGGGAGGUGUACAUCAGGCUACUGUGUAGGGUAUGCAUCUACGUUAAGCUAUAGGUUGGCCUCAAUUUCACCCAGAAGUGUAAAUCCCACUUUAGAUGUGAAAAUAUGAUAGCUCUUUACUCACUAAAAUUACUGUUUAUUAAAAUGUAUUCUGGUGGGGUGGCAAAAAAGAAGAUUUUAGGGCUGUUUCUAGUUUUAAAAAAGGGUUCUUACUUUUUAAGAAAAGGCUGAUCUCGAUAGGGAGUCUUCCCAUAAGCUCUCAGACACUAGAGUAACAAUCUGAUUAGUAGCAUUAACAAGCACUUCUAGUGUUCCUAAAUUGGUGGUGCACAAAAGCCCCAAGUAGUUACAUUGCAGCCUGUUCUGCAGCUGCUAGCUGCAGCGGCCUACUCAAUGCUGGGCUAAUUUCAAAAAUUUGUCCUCCCAUUAGACACAAAAACUUGGAGAGAUAGGGUCCAGGUUGAACAAUACCAUAGUUACUUAAAGUUACCAGAAUUCAAACUACUACUACUAUUAUUAUUAUCAAGUAUGACAUAAAAACACAUGAAUACAAACAGGAAAAACAUAUUUGUUUUUAAAAUUUCAUCACUUCAGUGAAUAAAUAUCAAAUUCUAUCAGCCCUUAGUGUAUUUGAUAUAGACCAUGUAAAGCCCAGUUCAGACCAAAGAUUCACAAUGAGACUAAACCACUUUAAAACGUUGCAGAGAAAAGUUGCAGCGGUGUGAACUGGACAGUCUGAGCUCGACCCAAGUCUGCUGAUAGUGUGACCUACAAUUCAACUGGUCAAAUCGCCGGCGGGUGGUUUUAGAACAUAAAGCACGUCACCUGUUUCAACAGCCAAUCGGCUUGUAGUAAAGUCCAGUGGUCAAGUCAAAAUGACCGCAGACAGGGUGUUUGCUUGCUGCGGCAGGCACCCUGUCCCCGCCAAGCCCUCUAUUUCCGUCCUCAUAGUGUGCUGUUGUCGGACGGUGGGUCGCUGCUGCUCGCUAUAGGUGCUUAUUCCCCGCCCACACACACACAUUCUCAUUGAUUGAUUCAUUGGUGCUGCUUAUUUAUAUUAUUGUGGAGUACUGAUUAUAAAUACAGUCCAUGUGAUGCUCGUUUUGUUUCUGUUUUUCACAGUUUCAUCACUACUACAAAUGCAACUGUAGCCAGUAUCUCACUAUCACUAUCCUCAUUCAUAUUUUAAGAAAUAUAUUAAUCAUAUUCAGAAAUAAUCAGAACAGAAGUACAGAAAGUUGUUGCAUAGAGAUGAUACACUGUCUUAUCUAGUUGCAUUGGUGUGAACUGGCAGAUUUUACAACAUUGCAGAACGACACAUUGCAGGUAGUUGCCUGUUUCAACUUGUCUUGUCGCAAAUUUGUGGUCUGAACUGGGCUUAAGGUGUGACAUGAGCUGUUCUGACCCCAGUCAGUAUCACAAUUAAUGAAAUAAUUGACUUACAUGUCUAGUAUAAAACAUUGUUCUCAUCUCUGGGUUUGUUUGGUCAAGGAAAGCAAUGAUUCAGCUACAAAAAAAUGAAUGUAGCUCGGUGUAGCUGAAUGAAAGCAGCACAUGGCUGUGUAAAUGCCAGCCUUAAAGACAGCUUUGUUUUUGUUUUUUUAACCAAUGAAGCUUUUUCAUUCUUGAUGUAUUAUAGGUUAUUUAAAAAUAUAUCCAUACAAUAUGUUUCAAUGAUCUGUGUUGCUGCUCUUACAGUUGUGAUUCAGUUGUUCUGAUAUUGAAGAAGCUUAUUUAUUCUGCGUUUCUAUUAUUUUGUCCAACUCCUGUAGAGCACAAUGUGUAAUGGUGAAUGUGGAAUGAUGAAAGGUCUUCCUGGGUUGGCGAAAGACAUUCUGGAGGCCUUGGUGAUAUGAAGCAGAGGGCAGGGAGUACCUGCCAUGAAUUUAGCAAACAUAAUUCACAGGGAGAGUGUCCCUCCGCCUCCUCCCUCUCUUCCACUUUUUGUCCUUGUCCAGUUCAGCUUUCCAAAUGAGCAAAGACUCAGAUUGUUUUUCUGUGUGAAAGGAUCCAGUGAUACCUCCAUUUAUUUCUGUCUCAGUCAUUCAAAGUGCAUGUGGAAAAGUGGACCGGAUGGUGGACUCAUACAGUACAUGAGCCUCUUCUGAAUGGAUGUCUCAAAGCUACUUCAAAGACUGAGACUAAAUGUGUGUGUGUCUAGUGGACCUGUUUACCACCAUCCCUUAGCACUCCACUGCUGAGCUGUUAAACUGGGAUGACUGUUCUGCAAUGUGACAAAGCCACUGAGAAGGACUGCAAAAGACAUAAAGACAGGGACUGGGACUUUAACAGAAAACAAACAACAACAAAAAAAAAAGAAAAACAACUAACGAUGUCAAUCUUAGCAGAGAUCCAGGAAAGCACUGAUCUCUGCCGUGUUCUUCUGAUUCUUAAGUUUUCUGUUCUUUCUGUUGUUGGUUAAAGACUUUUGUCCUGUUUACAUGUACUGUAAAUGCUGUCCAUCCAUUACUGGUUGGAGAGAUUAAAAAAAAAACAAAAGGUGUGAAGCAGCUUUCGUUCUAGCUCUGGUAUUCUCUAUGGCUGAUUACUGUAACCCUAAGAAAACUCUUCUGUUCAAGCUAGCAUGUCCUCCUAUACCUUGAUCCCGUAGGCCUUCCUUCCCUCUACCCUCCUUAACACCCUGCCUUUAGGUACCCAUACCAUAGCAACGCUAAAACCCUUUUCACCUGUUCUACACACUACACAAGAAAUCCUUGAGCUUCCUACCAAAAUCAACGUGGGUCUUCUGCAAAACUUUACCUGUUCCUUUAUAUUGUGUGUACCUCAAAUGCAAGCCCUAAAGCAGCUAUUAUUCUCUGAAACCUCCUGGAAACCAGACCUCGCUCCCAUCCCCAGCCCCUCAUCAGUGUAGGCCAGGUAGAGUCCAAUUACAAUCCAUGAGCCAAAACCACACCUACCUCCCCUAGUAACCCGCUGACCUCCACCAUGAAGGCCACAGUAUACUUUCUGCAGAGACAACAUUUGGCAGGUUUGCUCGAACUACAGGGCACAUACAAAUGAUUUCCAUGUUACCUCACAACCAUAAAAUCUAUUCCAGAAACCGAAGUGAUGGUCCUGCUUGGUGUAACAAAUUUCUGUUUUUGUAAAACAAAAAAAAAAAAACAAAAUAAAAAAAAAGUUGAUCAUGGUUGGAGGGUUAUGAUUUAAUUGUUCUAGUAAAGAUUAAAUUGUGAUUUUAUUUUGAGUCGCCAUUGUCAGUAUUUGGUUUGCCAUAUGGUAGGUGCAACUGUUUCUAUGUUAAUUUCAUACCAAGAAUGUGAUCAGAUGAUACAUAAAACACAGUGAUAUUAUUAAAGGGAUUCUUGGCUGAUUUUCAACCAGCUUUGUUGAAAACAAUGUGGGUAAUUUGUGCAAAUAAACUGCGGUAAACUUCCCUCCAUCUAACCAGUACCUAGUAUCCCUGCUCCCCCCAUGGUGAAACUUCACCAGAUGACGUGUUCUGCAUCAUUCAGUUCGCUCGUUCUACCAGGCUGUUGCUCAAAGGCUGUACUUCUGUAUUUCAUAUUGCCUGCUAUAUCUGCAGUCACUGCAGACACAAAGAGUAUAGAAGCAAAUCAAGAGACAGACCCCUGCCCCAUUUUCUCUGUCUCUCAAACUCAAACCAAAAUUCAAUCAAAUGGUUAAACUAGGCAGUGUGAUUGAAUAUAUCAGGAUCAUGUUACUGCACUGCAUAUUUCUUGCCUAAAAUGUUUUCAGAAACAUGUUUAUUGACCUGUCUAGCUGUAAUAGCGAGAGUUUGCGAACAGGAAGUGGGCACCAAACUGCUUCCUGCACAGUGAAAACAAGUCCAAAAACCAAAACCUAAGGUCAAGUGCUAAAACUAAGUAAAGCUAAUCAAAUAUAAACCAAGAUUCUGUUUCUGACUUGCAUAUUUUUUGCCUUAAAUGUUUUCAUAAACAUGUUGACACUUACUCUUAAACUGCAAUACGAUAUCGUUUAUUUCCAGCUAGCCAUCAUAUUUUUUCAAACAGACGAGUUCGCAUUAUGUCACCCACUAGCAGACAGCAUUUAUCAGCCUGAUGUGGUGCAGAGCAUUCUGGUACUUGGAGGUUUACUCCCUCUUGAGCAGGGGUGGCCAACCAGUCAGAGACAAAGACCCACAAAAAUUACCGUGGUACUACAAAGAGCCACAUCAUACACAUGUGUGCUUACAAACACACUCCCUCUCUCACACAAACACGAAAUGACAUAAAAUCAAAAUCCAUACAUGUCCAAUUUUCAAAGCCAGAUUUAUCUCACACACAAAUGAACCAUGAAUAGAGAUACACACAAACACAGUCUCUCCUUCUCAUGCUGUCUUUCUCCACCCCCCCUCCACACACAGUCUCUCCCUCUCUCAUACUCUCUCCACACACAUCCACAGUCUCUCCCUUUCUCAUACUCUCUCCAUACAGUCUCUCCCUCUCUCAUACUCUCUCCACACACAUCCACAGUCUCUCCCUCUCUCAUACUCUCUCCACACAGUCUCUCCCUCUCUCAUACUCUCUGCACACACAUCCAGUCUCUCCCUCUCUCAUACUCUCUCCACACACAUCCACACAGUCUCUCCCUCUCUCAUACUCUCUCCUCACACAAAAUCACUCUCCCACUCUGCUAAAAAUGUUCUUUGUUCAUCUUCAUACUUUCGCUUAGCCACGCAUUUCUUCCCUGCCAUUUUUGUUGUGCAAUAUCACCACUGCGCUCUCGUCCUGCAUUCCUCCCGAACUCCACGCCGUCUCACCUGCCCAUGCGCACUCCUCUCUCUCUCACUCGCUCCACUUACACCUGUUACAUUUCUUAAAGGGCUAUAUGCACUCGUAACAAUGAAUUGAUUUUUUAUGAAUGAUGGAAGGGCUGCACGCCGAUGGUUUUAAUUAAUGGAUCGAAGAGCUGCACACUGAUAGGCAAAGAGCCGCAUGCGGCUCGCAAGCUGUGGAUUGGCCACCCCUGCUCUUGAGCAAAAGCAUCCUUUUUUUGUUUUCUGUUUUCAUGAAAAUUAUUUGCAUCUUUCUACUGCAGAGAUAGUCUAGUUUUAUUAAAAUGCCAUCUUUCCAGCAGUGAAAUGCUUCUUUAAAACAGCUGUAGCCGCUGGUGCAAUUGUGUUCUUCUUCGUUGGUCAGUACAUUUGUUGCAUCUAUAUAGUUAGCCAAUCUGAUUGAUGGAAGUAAAAAUACUGUUCCUCUCUCAGAGGGUCAACAGAGCAACAUUCCGAGUCACUAAGCUUCACAGUCUAUGCUAUAGGCACACAGCCCAUUUGUAUCUGCAAGUUUUAUUGACAAACAACCAACAUACAAGUUCUACAUAUAUAUACUAUAAUAUAUACUGUACAAGUUAAGUGAUCAAGCUGUGCUAGCAAAUUUAUGGCAGUUACAAAUGUAACACAUGUUAAAAAUGGUUGCACCCACACUUUGGCGUUAAUUACAGACCACAACUAGCAUGCUUGACGUGAGAACAAUGCUGACAAAAAACAGGUACACGCUGACAACCAUGUGGAGUUUAGUUCCACAUCAUAUAAAUUUAUUAUCAAAAAAUACUACUGGGUCCUUAUGUUUACUUAGUUUGUGCGAAAUCAGCUGCCAUUUCUCAUAAAGACGUUUACUACUGUACUGCCCACAUGCUGACAUGAUGCCAUCGUGAUGACAUUAACAUAGCAAGAGAAAACAUGCAUGACACAACUGUAACACAUUACGUUUAAGGCAACUCUCCCCUACUGAAAAACUCAGGAAUACUUUCUUGUCUGCUUUAGGCAGUUACGACUAAAUGGUUGAGGUUAGGGAAAUAUCACCUUCACGGUUAAAGGAUGGAAAACAGGACAUUUACCCUGACCUUCUUUGUUUGACUGUCUCUACAGCAGGGAUAACAGCAUCACAUUACUUCUGCCUUAUUACAAUCUACUGAAAGGAACAGCAGCAUUUGUAGUACUGCAAGCGAUCGCUUCAAAGAAAAAGAUAAAUAUGUGUUGUUGUUUUUUUAAUCCCUCUAGUGAGGACAGUUUCUGUUUUCCUUAGAUCACAGUUCACUCUUAAAUGUGCCCCCACUGGUGUGGAUGCAAAUAAUUGUACAAAACAAAGCUGUUGUGAAAUAACUAUAAUUUCCAUGUGGUAACAUGCCCCCCGAUGUUUCUAUUCCAGCAAUUCUGACUUUUGCUAUAAGUAUACUGUUGCCUUUAUACAUCCAUGUCACUUCCCGAACCCCAACAGCCUCUUUGUCCUAUGCAGAUCCCCAAAGCACAAAGGUUUGAUUGAUGACUUUAGCAGUGAGUGAAAUAGAAAGAAAACAAUGAGUUUCCAUCCAUUCUGUUUGUAUUUGUCUGUCUGUUUUUGGUUUGUUUUAUCUCUUUGAGGCUUCCAUGUGCUUUUGUAUUCCUUAUGUACAGAUCUCUGUCAAUAGAAAAACCUUGUAUUACCGUAUAUUAGAACAACAAAGACACUCUUCAUGUGUGGCUGUGGCUUCACUUAACCUGUGCAAUCAAGACAUUAGUCGUUAAUUAAUCAUUAUGUUUUCUCUUUUUCUCAGCAAACAGUAUCCAAGGGACAUGGUACAGGUGUAUAUAUAUAUAUAUAUAUAUAUAUAUAUAUAUAUACCGUUCUGGGUAUUUGUUUUCCUGGUUUUUGUUUCUGUAUGCUCCCAAUGUGCUUCAAAGAAACAAUACUAUUUAUUACAUUACUGUUACA